UUUCGAGCGUCGGAUGUUUUAUCCUUCGAAUUUGUAAUUUCUCCAAUUUUCAACGUUCUAAUCGCACGGCAAACACAGUUAGGCAAGAUGGCAUACGACGCGGCGCACGAUGAUGGACCCGGCUUCGUAGGAAUCCGUUUCUGUCAAGAAUGCAACAACAUGCUGUACCCGAAAGAGGACAAGGAACACAAAAUUCUCCUCUACGCAUGCCGAAACUGUGAUUACAAGCAGGAGGCCGACUCAAACUGCAUCUACGUAAACAAAAUUAUGCACGAAAUUGAUGAGUUGACGCACAUAGUUCCGGAUGUAAUAUCAGAUCCCACCCUUCCACGGACAGAAGAGCACGCGUGUCCUAAGUGCUCCCACCGAGAAGCCGUUUUCUUCCAGGCACAAACCAGACGAGCAGAAGAGGAAAUGAGACUGUACUACGUCUGCACAAAUCCGUCCUGCUGCCACCGCUGGACUGAGUAAAAGACGCGUACCCGAGCUUACUAUUGUCCUGAAGCUGACCUUUCCUUUCGAUGCUAUAAAAAUAAACAAAACAAUCUGGU